AUGCCAGGGCACGAACUGGAAGACGUAAUAAAUCAACGUUUGAAUCUAUACGACGUGCUAGAAUUGCCCACCCCUCUGGAUGCUCAUACUAUUUACGAUGAUCUGCCCCAAAUCAAACGCAAAUACAGAUCCCUUGCCUUGAAGUAUCAUCCGGACAAACACCCGAAUGAUCCAUCGAUCAUACACAAAUUCCACUUGCUAUCGACGGCAACCAGUAUCCUCACUAAUGUAGACGUGAGGCCCCAUUACGACCGCUGGCUAAUCGACUUCCUACGGAAAACAAAUGAUGUUGAAAGAAAUAGACUCAUACAAAAGCUGGAAAAAUCUGAAUCAGGUACGGCAACAACUUCCUCACCACAUGUUGACGUAUCGCAAAUUCAACGCCAUGGUGAGCUACUCAGGAAACUGAAACAUUUCAAUCUGCCCUAUGGUGACUGGAAACAUCUGGACAGACAAGACCAAGAAGAUGUUUCGCACCAUUCAUAUUACGAUUGCUCUACUUUGAGGAUUGUCCUUGACAACUUCCCGCAAUCAAAUAAUAAAUCGAGCUGCUUUUCUCAUUUGCGUAAUUAUGUAUUUAUCACGCUGAGUCCCAACGAAAUCUACGACAUAUACUUCUCUGAAAGAAACAACUAUUCCAAGAACGAUACCAUCAUUACAUAUACCGUCUUCGAUACCCCCAUCACGGCACAACACAUAUUCCGAAGCUGGUCAGGUGGGAACCUCACACCCACUGUCCACGAUAUCUCGCCAUUGAUCCCGCUACAUUACUACUCGGAUUUUAACUUGGAAACAGAACUGAACGAUGAUAUUGCAAGAUUGGUCUCUAAUGAACCUAUUCUGCUCGACUAG